CAAGACAGGAAGAGUUUGUGUGUUGUGUGUCCAACCCAAGCUAGCAUCCAGUGGAAGCUUGGAAGGAUUACUAAGGCCAAGCAAGCAACACCAAAUUGGUCCAAUUAAUCUGCACAGGGACUUCAACGGGCCAGCUGAAGGAUCUUCUUGGCUCCAGCGCAGGGAUGCAUCGUCCCGGGUGGCUCCUUGGACUGCUGUGUGGUCUGGCCAGUGUCAUCGCGUGCGUCUCUGGCUGUCAUUGUGACAGAUACCCCUGGUCACAGUGGAGCGCCUGCUCAAAGACCUGCAAUCACGGCACGCAGAGUCGGCGCAGGGCCAUUUCGUUUGACGAGUACUACUCGAAAAACAACUGUAAUGAGCUCUGUCAGAGCAAUGAAGUCCGAGCUUGUAACGAGAAGGCAUGUCCAAUCAACUGUCGGCUGACGCCAUUUGGACCCUGGUCUGAGUGUUCCCCAUGCGCCAAGAAGCAGUUCCGGAUGCGGACGGUGGAGACUCCAGCUCAGUUUGGGGGUGUGGACUGCUCAGAGCCCCUGAUGGAGGAGAGGCCCUGUCACUCAGCGCAGGAGUGCAGGAUAGAGGAGGUCAACUGCAGAGAGCUCUUCAAGUGUGACAGCGGUCGCUGCAUUGACCCCCGCCUUGAGUGCAACUCACAGAACGACUGUGGGGACAAUUCGGAUGAGCGCAACUGUGCUCGAAUAAACCCGGUGUGCAAAAGCAAGCGGAGAUAUGCCCCCAUCCCGGGAGCUGAGCUAACUGGAAAUGGGUUUAACAUCAUGGCCGGGGAGAUGCGGGGUGCCGUGUUGGACAGCUCCUUCAUGGGGGCUGACUGCACGGUGAACAGGAGUAAGGAGAACAGGGUGGCAUAUCGCAUACCAGCCAACAUCCAGGCCUAUGAACUCAAAGUGGAGUUCCUGGAGGAUUUCAAGAACGAGGACCCCGCUGAGGUGCAGAGCACGCCGUUUUCUUUCACAGAGAGCUUCUCAUCAGCCCCUACCCACAGGGACUCCUCGGGUGGCCUGAACCUGUGGAUAGUUGACUUUUCAAGCAAACGACACAGCAGCCAAAGCUCAACCUCAAAGAACAUGAUAACGGCUUCUCACAAGAAGGACUCCAGGUUCUUCAGAGUACACCAACUGCUGGCCACGUCAACCUUCAGGACCAAAGAGUCGGACCUGUACCUGUCUGACCCCUUCCUGACCUUCCUACAUCACCUGCCCCUGGAGUACAACUACCCCCUCUACAGACAGCUCUUCCAGCAGUUUGGGACCCACUACUUCAAAGCAGGAACCCUGGGUGGCAUCUACGACAUUCUCUACCAGUACAACAGUGAGGAGCUCAAGAACUCAGGGCUGAAGACCGAGCAGGUCAGCUCAUGUCUCAGACAGGAGUCUCACAGGUCUUUCCUCUGGGGUCUCAUAAGUUCUUCCUCAUCCUCCUUUAACUGUGGCACGACUACGAUGACAGAAAAAUAUGAAGGCUCCUUCUUCAAGGCGUCGGAGCGCUCCAUCUCCCGAGUGCAGGGUGGCCGGGCAGCAGAGGCAGCCGCGCUGGCCUGGACCAAGGACCAGGUGGCCCCUGACAGCACCACCUACACCAACUGGCUCAAGUCCACCAUAGACAACCCCACUGUGGUGGAGUAUGAGCUGGCCCCUCUGAUAGACCUGGUGCGGGGCAUCCCUUGCGCGGUCACCAAGAGGAGACACAUGGUCACAGCUCUGGAGCAGUACCUUCAGGAGUUUGACUCCUGCCAAUGUGCCCCCUGCCCAAACAACGCCCUGCCCGUCCUGUUGGGCACCGAGUGCCUUUGUGUGUGCCAAACGGGCACCUACGGAUCCAACUGUGAGACCCGGGCACCCGAUUACACCUCAGAGGCUGUGGAUGGGCGUUGGAGUUGCUGGAGUGCCUGGAGCCCAUGUGAUGCCAACCUGAAGAGGCACCGCAGCCGCCAGUGCAACAACCCCUCCCCCAUCAGGGGGGGCAAGGCCUGCCAGGGCGCCGCACAACAGACUGAGGAGUGCCCCGUCUCCAUCUUCGAAAAGCAGAACGUUUGCAUAAACGACGAUGACUUUGUGAUCGAGGGGGAUCAGGAUCCAGUGGUUCCAGAGUCUGGCUGCCCCAAACCAAAGCCCCCAACCAACAGCUACCUCAGGAUCAGCAAGCAGCAGUAUGACUAUGGCGAGCUAGAGGAGUUCCUGUGUAUGUCUGGCUUCGAUCGGGAGGGAUACCAAUACAUCCACUGCCUACCUGACGGCACAUGGGAGGAACCUAAAGGCAAAUGCAUCAAGAAGGUCUGUGUGAAGCCUUCCCUGCCGGCAGAGAUAUCGAUGUCUCCGACGAAGGACGAGUACCGGGUCGGGGAGAGUUUCGGUGUGAGCUGUGCGGCCCGUGGCCAAAGUCCCUCUGGGUCUCGCUAUUACACCUGCACAGCCAGUCUCACCUGGGACCCCCAGCUUCCUCUGGACAUCUCCUGCCAGGAAGAUAAUCCGUUUGUCCCUGACAGCAGCUGUGGCAGGGGAGAGAAGAGAGACGGCUCUGGGACAUGUGCCUGCAUACCACGGGAGGACUGCCGAACCUACAAGAAAGACGUGUGUGUUCUGGAUGCGACGGCGGACUCCUUCUCCAUGAUGUCCGAGUGCAGCUUCCUCUCCGGCCGUUGUCAUGGUGAUGGGCUGUUCUUGGCGAGUGCCGGCCCGUGCCCGAGCGACCAGGCCAGUCGAGACUGGGUCCGCUACCGUGCUCAAACGGCCCCCCAGAGCACCCUGCAGCAGGCCUGUGGGGCAGACACCUGUUACGACUGGGAGAACUGCUCCUCAGGGAGGUGUGAGUGUAAGUUCCCGCGUGACUGCCCUAAGGAUGCUGUGGCUGCCUUCUGCCUGAGGAUGACCAGGACCCAGAGCCAGAGGAGCAUGGGGCUCUGUGCCACGGCCGCCAUGAGGUGUCUCAAGAUGGAGUUUGCCAUCCUGAAGGAGGGGCCGUGUUCAUGAGGAGGAUGUAGAUUAUUUUUUCUCUACGGGGCCUCUACAUCACCAAAGUAGCGUUAAUCCUCAGUCAUUCUACAGUUUGGAAGAAGAAUUGUCUUUUACUUGCACUACAGAGAUAUGGCCCACUUUUCCAUUACUAUUGCAGCCCAUGGUAGGCAAAGGGAAGUGAAGUGGUAUUUGAAAAGAUUGUGUUAAGUGUGAAAACUACAUUCUGUUGUACAGUAUAUAGUAUUGUAGAAGCAUACCCUCACAGAGUAACAUGAUACACAGAGAUAAAUGAUUUACUGUGCAAUUCUGAAAUUCCUUUGUAAUGACUUCGGUUGUGUGUUCAUGCAGGACCGUAUUAAGCCAUUGUGGUGCCCCGGGCACUAUACACGUAUGUCACAGGUGCCCCUUUAUGAGCAAUAUUUGUAAAGUUUGUGUCUUGUGGUGCCCCCUCAAUGGUCAAAAAUGCAUGGUGCCCCUAGGCACUGUGCCACCUGGCUCGUAUGCAUAGUCCAUGGUUCAUGAAAAGUUCACACACCUGUCUGACUGACACCAGAGCUCCACUUCAUCUGUGUAUAAAUGCUCCAACCUAUUGUUGUAGCUAUGUUAUAUGUGUUGUACACAGUAUAUCUGAUCUUUGAUUUUGUAUUAGUGGCUAUAUAACACAAAUAGCAAAAACAUUUUUUAAAGUUGUAUAUUUUCACGAAUCAUUUUCCAGAACUGUUAAAUAAAACAAAUACAAUCUUGA